AUGGAAGUUCAUUGGGGCAAGAAGAACGACCAUACGCGUAUUUUCUACGUGAAUUUCCUCACAAGUGCUGGUAAUUUCCUCUUGGGAGGGUCCAUGACUGAUGAAAAGAGCACUGUUAUCGCUCCUGAAGGUUUCCAACUCGCUGGGUUCUUUGGUAAAUCCGGCAAGGAGAUCGAUACGCUAGGUGCGGUUUGGGCGUACAUCGACCUCGUCACGCCUGCUCCGACACCGGUACUCGCUCCUACUACCAUUGAAGACUCACCAG